AUGGCCGACCAGUUAUUUCAGAAAGUCCCCCCGUUAAAGGUCAUGAUCUGCCGCCAGUGCCAUCAUGGGGUCUGGCCGGCCGAAGUCGAAACCCAUCUCAAGCAGCAGCAUCGGCUGGACCAUCGUACCGCACAGCCGAUUAUUCAGGCUGUCCAGACAUGGACUGACCUCGCUCCGUCGCGCGAGAGUUGCAUUAUCCCCCCGGUUCUGGACGAGCCGUUGCCGAUUCUCCCCUGUUAUUCGAAAGGGCUGCGAUGCCGGCGGGGGUCGGAGCCGUGCCUGUUCGUCGCGUCGACAUGGAAGUCCAUGCGAAAACACUGGCGGAUCGUCCAUCAGUGGUCCCAGUACCCCGAGCGUGGCCGCGCCCCGCAGUCCCAGCGGGCGGCGCGCGAGGCCGAGCUGCAGCGGUCGUACGAGAUCGUGUCGUACCAGCAGCUGUUUCCCUCGCGCGCGGGCUCGCACUACAUCCACAUCCGGUUCCCGCACGGCCGGGCGCCGCCACCCCCCCGACCCAGUCAGGCCCAGCAGGCGAUCGAUGCGGUGGUGCAGGCGUGGGAGCAGGCCGAGGCCGCCCGUCGACAGGCCCCCGUCGAGCCCACGCAGCUCCACGACGCGAACCCGUGGCUGCGGAUGACGCAGUGGACCGAGUAUCUGAAGGAGAUCCCGCCGGCCGACUUGCUGCGCAGCGUGGAGGCCCCCGACCCCGACACGGCCGACCCCGUGGAGCAGGGGGUGCUCAUCCUGUACCACACGGUCGACCAGCUGGCGCGGAAGAGCCAGCGGACGGUCAUGCACUGCGGGCAGGCGAUCCGCAUGGAGGCGGUGCGCACGCAGGCCGGGGAGCUGCCGCACCAGCCGCUGCUGGCGUACAUGGAUGCGAACAGCGUGCGGAAGCACGUGCAGCCGUGGCAGCAGAUGUUGGGGUUCUUUGCGCGCACCCAGCAUCCGCAGGCAUGGAAAUGUCCCGUAUAUCAGUUCACCGCGCGGCAGCAGCAGAAGUGGGCGCGGCUGUGGCAGCUGGUGCAGCACCCCGAGCCGCCGCCGGAGCUGCAGGACGUCGAUGAGGCGCUGCAGCCGUGGCUGCUGGAGCGGCGGGAGCGGGCGUGCUUGGAGUUUUGUGUCGAGCUGCUGAACCAGCGCCACCGCACGCACGAGUACGAGAGCGCGCUGGUGUGCGCGAUGGCGGUGCUGGGCCGCGGCGUGGACGGCUGGCGCGACGCCGACAGCUACCCGCCCAUCUUAUCGCGGGUCAUCAAGAUUGCGCGGUUUUUCGUCGUCGAGAAGGCGCUGUGGCUGGAUCCCGCGGCCAUGCAGAUUGUGGGGAUGUGGCAGCAGAAGCAGACGGCGGUCCCGUGGGCGCUGCAGAGCGCGGACGACGAGCUCGAGGAUCUCGACGAGGGGUACGCGAGCGGGUCCACCGCCAGCAGCCCCGUCCCGUCGUCCAUGGAGCUCGAUGGCUCGGAAGAGGGAUUUCGGUCAUGUCCAGAGUUUAGUCAUGACCGAAAUAGGGCCGUGGAUUAUAGGCAGGCGCGGCUAUCGCGCGAGGCGUCGAGCGAACGAUCGAGCGAGGGUUUUGGCACCCCCGUCCACCCGGUGCGUAGCAGCCCCAUUAUUCCGCGGAGCGAGACAAGCCCGGUCCGCCCAGGCCGUUCCCACCGCCCGGAUUAUGGCCCGUGGGCCGGCCGCACGUUCCAGGACCAGUUAGAGCGCAUGGUGCGGCGGUUCCUGGUGCGCGGCAGCCACGGCCCCAUGCAGACGUUGCUGGACUGGCGCACGUACGGGCUGCGGGUGCAUUACAACAGCACCACGCCCGGCCAUAUCACGUGGCAGGGGACCGACGAGCUACUGUACAAGGAACUGCGCUUUACGAUGGGCGACUUUCGCGGCUUUAUCCACGGGCUGGUCGAGACGACGCGGGGGCUGCUGGACCAGCUGCUGUUGGGCGCCGCCGACCAGCCGCCCCCCGCGAUCCCAUGGGGUCGGCUGUACGACAAUCCCGUUGAGGGGAAGGCCGGCUGGAGCUUUAUCCGGGCGUACUUCCAGCAGGUCGUUGCAUUUAAAGAGAAGCUGGCGGUCCUGACGCAUAUUUGCGGCGGCCAACCCAGUCGCGCGCCCGAGCUACUCAGCAUUCAGCAUGUCAAUACCGAUACGAACGUCCGCCGGAAUAUAUAUAUCGACAAUGGCAUGGUCACAUUGGUCACGGCGUACCACAAAGGAUUUUACGCCAGUAACGAUGCUAAGAUUAUCCAUCGAUACGUCCCGCGGGAGAUCGGGGAGCUGAUUAUAUAUUACCUGUGGCUGGUACGGCCAUUCGUCGACCAGCUGGAUACCUGGCUGGAGCGGCAGUCGCCCGCGCCGCGCGAGCCCCCAUCCACGCAGGAACGCGCAUUGCUGUGGGGACCUGACCCCGGCACGCGCCGCGUGUGGUCGUCCGACCGGUUCCGCGAGGUGUUCAAGCGGGAGACCCAGAGCCGGUUGACCAAGAAGAAGCCCGUCCACCCCGCUGCGUAUCGCGACAUCGCCAUCGGCAUCAGCCGGCGCGCAGACGAGCGACAUCCGCGCGAGCCAGCCAUCACCGACCCCGACAAUGAAGCGGCCAUGGACGACGAGCAGUGGCCCGGGCAUAUCGCCGACUUGCAGGCGGCGCAUUCGUCGCACGUCGCCGGCAUGAUUUACGGCCGCGGGCUGAUGGAGCAGGCGGGCACGACGGCGCACCGGCAGGCCAUGUUCCGCGCAUCCAGCACCGACUGGCACCGCUUUUUAGGGUUCGCGUCGGCCCAGGGCGAGCCACCGUCGGUGCUCGGCAAGCGCAAGCGGGCGCCGUGGGCGGACGCGGUGGCCGAGCAGCAGAUCUGGCGGCGCCACCGGCUGCAGCAGGCGAACCUGACGCAGGCGGCGCGGCGGAUGACCCAGCAGGCCGAGCUCGAGCUGCGUGGCGUCCAGGGGCCGGCGCUGCACGCGAUCCAGCACGGCGAGAGCCCCAUCGUCGCGGUGAUGCCCACCGGCGGCGGGAAGAGCAUGCUGUUUAUGUUGCCGGCGUACGUCGAGCCCAGCGGGACGACAGUGGUGGUGAUCCCACUGAUCGCGCUGCGCCAGGACUUCCAGCGGCGGUGCCAGCAGCUCAACAUCUCGUGCGCGGUGUGGGAGCGGCGGCGGCCCCCCGACGAGGCGUCCAUCGUGCUCGUGACACCCGAAUCGGCCAUCACCCCCGAGUUCCAUUCAUUUUUAAACCGACUGCGGAUGGUGCGGCGGCUAGACCGCAUUGUCAUCGACGAGUGCCAUGUCAUGUUGCCCGGAUCGGCCGAUUUCCGGCCCGCCAUGCGGCGGCUCGGCGAGCUGAUUCAGGCGCGGACGCAGCUGGUGUUGCUGACGGCCACGUUGCCGCCGACGCUGGAGCCGGCGCUGUUCGAGCGGAUCGGCCACGCGCGGGCGGCGGUGCGUGUAUUCCGCGCGCCCACCACGCGGUCGAAUAUUCGAUAUCUCGUAUGGCGGCCGGCGGUGCCGGUUCGUCGUGGCCCCGCGGACGCAUGGAUGGACAGUGAGAUCGUCCAGGCCGGGAUCCGCUGGCUCAUCCAAGCCAUCCACCAGGGGAAGACUGUGAUAUACGCCAACGUGGUAAGCCAGGUCGUGGCGCUGGCGGAGCAGAUCGGCUGCGAGGCGUACACCAGCCAGGCGGUGGAUCGAACCGGGAUACUGGCGCGAUUCGUCGAUGGCCGGCGUCCGAUCAUCGCGGCCACGAGCGCGCUGGGCAUGGGGGUCGACAUCCCCGAUAUUCGACUGAUUAUCCACGAGAGUGGCCGCGCCGGCCGCGACGGACAGACCAGUGUGGCCGUGAUCAUCCAGCCCGCCGGGUGGGACGAGCCCGCGCCGUGGAUGGCCGACACCCCCGUCCCCGAGAUCGAGCGGAUGCAGCAAUAUAUCGCCGCGCCGUGUCGGCGGCAGGGGCUCGAUCCGUAUUUAGAUGGGCAUCCGCGGGCUGGGUGUAUGGCCGGCGAGGCCCCGUGCGAUCAAUGUCGGCCGAUUCGGAUUGAGGAGGCGGUUGAACGGAUGCAUCAGAGGGAGAUAGCGGUCGAAGGCCAUGGUGCGGACCAGGCGAGCGGCCGGCCGAUCAGCCAGCCGGCAGGUCCGCAGGCAGAUCCGCAGGCAGGCCCCCAGGCAGGCGAGGACGCAGGCCGUCCAGCAGACCCCAUUCAGACCCCCCCAUCCCGUCCAUCCCGCUCCCGCAGUACAUCGUUCGCAUCCCAAGCCAGCUCGCUCCAUCGGCCAUGGCCAUCCCGGCCGGCGACCCCCCCGUCCCCCCGCGAGCCCCCCCAGUGGGCGCAGGCCGACAUCCAGGCGCGGCAGCGAGGGAUGCAGGCCGCGCUGACGGAGGAGGCCAUCAUUGCCGAAUGCCCGCGGUGGCUGGACCACUGUUAUAUCUGUACGCAGCAGGACCGGGACGGGACGCGCCACGAUCUGUACGGGUGCCGGGCCCCCGACAGCCAGGCAGCGCGGCAGUGGAUGCUCCAGGUGCGGCGGCAGAUCCAGUACGCCCGAUACAGCGCGUGUUUCCAGUGUGGGAUGCCCCAGGCGGUAUGUCCCGGGUGGGAGGACCGCACGCAGUGUGCGUACCGCGGGCUUUUGAUCCCCAUGGUGGCGGCGAUGGUGUACGGCCCGCAGGCCCGGCCCAUCCAGCCGCUGUGGCAAGAUCGAUUGGCGGAGGCUGGGGUGGAUGAUCAGGAUUUAGAUGCGGUCACGACGUUUUUAGGGCAGAUCGGACCAUCCCGACAUAGUCAGUUAUUUGAUAUAUAUUGCUGGUUACGGGAGAUAUAUCGGGAGAUCGAACGUCGGUAG